AUGUUUGCCCCUAUCUAUGCCCUGUCAUCUCUGCACAUUUGCGCCUAUCUCUGUCCAACGACAUCUGCCCGUUUGCGUCUAUCUAUUCCCCGCCAACAAUGCCCGUUUAUGCCAAUCUCUUCCCCGCCAACAAUAUCCGUUUACCAUUUUUCGUCUAUCUCUGACCCAUCAACUCAGUGCCGAUUGUGUCAAAUCUACAUCUUUUUAACUCUACACUUUUUGGUCUACAUAUACAUCAACAACUGUGGCCACGUCUACCCGAUUACGUCGAUCUCUCCCCGGCAACAAUACCUGUUCCGCUUAUCUCUGCCCAAAGCUCUACACUUUUACGGUCUAUCACUGCCCACUAGCUGUGCCCAUUUUUGUCAAUCUCAUCUCAUCCACACCACUCUUUGUGUCUAUAUGCCCCGCUACCUCUGCCAGUUUGCAUCUAUCUCUGCCCCGACACCUUUGCAUAUCUGGCCCGACAACACUGCCAAUAAACGUCUAUCUCUUCCCCGCCAAUUCUUCGCUUUGGCGUUUAUAUAUGCACCGCCAACAAUACAGGUUUGCAUGCCCAGCCACCUCUGUCUGUUUCCGCCUAUCUCUUCCUCGCCACCUCUGCCCGUUUCUGCCUAUCUCUACCCGACCAACUCUGCACGUUUGCACUUAUCUCUUACCGGCCACUUCUGUUCGUUUAUAUCCCGCCACCACUUCCCGUUUGCGUCUAUCUCUGUCUACACCCCUCCUUCUGUCCGUUUGCAUCUAUCUCUUCCUGGCCAAUUCUGCUCCUUUGCGUCUGUCUCUACCCCGCCACCACUGUCCGUAUACGUCUAUCUCUGCCCCGUCAACAACGUCAGCAUGAGUCUAUCCGCCAACUCUGGCUGUUGGCUUCUUCUUCUGGUCUGCCAACAAUGCCCAUUUACGUCUAUCUCUACCCCACAUACAUACACCACUGACCGUUUGCGUCUAUCUCUUUCCGGACAUUUCUGCUCGUUUGCGUCUAUUUGCUCAGCCAAAUCCACCCGUUUGCCUCAAUGCCUAUCUGCAUCUAUCUCUGCACCACCCUCAGUGUACAUUUGCGUCUAUCUCUGCUCGCCAACUCUGAUCGUUUGCGUCUAUCUCUGCCUCGACAUCUCUAACCGUUUGUGUCUACCUCUGCCCCGCAAACUACACCCGUUUGCACCUCUGCCAUUUUGCGUCUGUAUCUGCCCUGUCACCACUGUCCGUUUAUUUUUAUCUACGCCCUGCCAACAAUGCCUCUUUUCGUUUAUCUCUCACCCGACAACAAUGCUCAUUUGCGCCUAUCUCUGCCCCUCCACCUCUGCCCCUGUGUGUCUUUCACUGGAGACCACCUCUGCCCGUUCGCGUCUAUCACUACUCCGUCAACAAUGCACGUUUAUAUCUAUCUUUGAGACACCGACUUUAACAGCUAUCACUGCCCAGCUAACUUUGUCCGUGUGUGUGUCUGUCCCGUCAUAUCCGCCUGUUUGUGUCUAUCGCUACCCCGCCAACACUGUCCGUUGCUUCCUAUAA